AUGAGGAUAUCAUCACUCCAUCUUCUCUCUCUAGUCACCUCUGCUCUGGCAGCCAACCUACCCCGAGGGUAUCAUGAGCCAGAAGACGAACCAUAUCAUAGGGGCGGAGGAAAGAGUAGGCCGGAGGGCAUUGAUUACAAUGACUGUCGAGCCUGCGUAACCGAGACAACCCGAGUCACGGUCACUUACACGACACUCUGCUCCGUCUUCGAGACGAUUACUGAGCCAGGGCACACAUAUGUGACAACGUACACCACCACGAGCACAGUCAAGACCGUUGUGCCGACCACAAUCGUAGUGACAAAGACUGAGCCACCGGUUACUAAGACAACGGAACAUGUCGUCUAUAAAACCAUCACCGAGCCAUGUCCUAUCACAGAAACUACAGUGAUCGACGGGCAGACAAUCGAGAUCACCUGGACGUCGACCUCUACCAUCAUCACCCGCGUCCCCGAGGUCCAGACCGUUUACGAAACGUCUGUAAUCACAUGUCCCGAAACAACAACCACGACCAUCUCCAGAACCGAGACGGUCAAAGUCACCCAAACCAACACAAUAACCGUCCCAGCUUCUGUAACCGAAACCAUAACCGAAAUAUGCACCGUCACCGAAACAGAAUGCAUCGAAACCACCAUUACCGUCCCCAAGGCUAGCACAACCAUCACGGAGUUUACCACCCUCACUUUCUCGAGCGUCACCGGCACCACAUAUAUAACAGCCACAUCAUCCACUUACUCACCCGGCGGGCCCAGCGAUACUCCUACCCCAACCCAUGGUCCUCCAAAGGAGAUGACCACCGCGACGGGAACCGAGACAGAAGAGGAGACUGGAACGGAAACCAUAACCUCUGCGACAGGCAGUCCAUGCGGUCCCUCCAUCUCGUGCAGUCCCUGUGGUCCAUCAUGCCGUCCAAACACAACAGUAACCACCACAACAACCGGCACCCUACCGGUAGUUACGGCUGGAGCAGAUUGGAGCAUCAUGAAGGGUGCUGGGUCGGGUGUCUCGGUUGCGUUGGUAAUAGGGGUUGUUGGGGCCUUGGUGUUAGUUUGA